AUGUCUGCCGAGGUGUCUUCCACUGCUCCCAAGCUCGAGCUUGCUCAGCCGGGCAGCGAGCCCGCCCAAACGACUCCCACUACGGAGAUCACGACCACUCAGUCUGCGGAGCAGCAGCCCGCGCAACAAGAAGACAAGACCGCGGCCCCUGCUGCCAAUGCCUCCGCUGCUUCCGCCGCCGACAAGCCCAAGGACCAGGACGCGUCCGAGGAGUCGGCCGACGGCAAGAAGGACGCUGCUGACGCCGCCGACAGCGAGGAGAAGCCGGCGGGCAAGAAGCCCAACCCGCUCAAGAAGGUCUCGACCCUCAUUAAGAACCUGCUCAAGUGCCUGAAGAAGCCCAAGAAGGCGAAGAAGGCUGAGGCCGCUGCCGAGGAGGCUGGCGAGGCUGCUGCCGAGGGCGCUGCCGCUGCCACGACUGACGAGACCCCUGCUGAGACAAAGAAGGAGGAGCAGCCUGCGCCUACUGUCACAACUACCAUCACUACUGGUGCCGCUCAGAACUGA